AUGGCAGAGCCGAAGUGUGCGAAUUGCGAUUCAACAUUCAAGAAAAAAGGUAAAAACUUUUACAGGACUGGUUUUGAUUCCUCAGUCAAGUUAAAUGCGAUCGACAAGACAGUCAAGGACGUGCUGGAGGAAGAGUUAAACUUGCAGCUUACACCGGAGCAAAAGAAACAACGCUUCCUCUGCCCAAAAUGUUCGUGGGCAUUGCUGUUCAUGGCCAAGAGCAGGCAGAAGCGUCGAAAAGCUCGCGCGACGUUCAGCCGCCAGACAAAGGGCUAUCUGGCUUUGAAGCGGAAAGGGCCGCUAAGCCCUUAUGCGACUCCAGAGAAACGAAAGCGAUUGUGCGCUGGCCCAUCAAACUUGCAGAGUCCGAAACCUGCGAAGAGGCGAAAAAGUCCUGAGAAACCGAUGAAGGCAGUACCGCUCGGAAUACAUCUUGCAAGAGCAGUAAAAUUCCUGAAGAGAUUUCAGUACCGCCGGGCAGUCAAGAUCCUGGCAGCUUACAGCACUGGCUUCAAGAAAGCAAUGACUAGCUGGGCACACGAGGCAGUGCGACAGGAGACGCAGAAACUCCUUGGAAAAAAGAAAUCUCUAUUUCAUGGAAAGAAAUCGUUGGAACAAAUUAGCAAUUUCAGCUGGGAUGAUCGCUAUGCCGAAUUAAAGGAAACUUGCCCUCUUCUUACAGACCUCCUAACUGCAUCUGUCACUUCUAGGAAAUCACUCACGCAUCUUGGACUAGCUGGUGCACCAACAGUUUCAAUCAAACCUACUCUAGGCGUUCUCAUCUCAAUAGUCCUGUACCAGCUACAACCAAGACGGAUGAGUGACUUACAAGAGCUCAUUGGCCUGCAGUUGUGGAUGUCUGGCUGCAAAAGACAGAUGUUUCCCAGAUUAAACCACCUGGGCCUGAGCGUCGGCAUUGAUGGCACUAAAAAUGUCAUUGACCGUGUGCGAAAGAAGUACGAUGACGAAGUUGUGCAGCACCGGUCCAGAGUGACGGAUUCUCUGCUUUGGUCUGCCGAGCUGCCUCCUUUCAGGAAACGGGAUGCUGACGGACAGUCCAGCGAUGCCACUCCCAUCCACAAAGGAGACAAAGGCACACUUGGGUACUCAUUGUGCUUUGACAAUGUCAAUCAGCGAGUAUCCGUACGCCAUCAGACCAGAGACAAAACCAAUAAACAGUUUAAUAUGGUCCAAGCCUAUGCUGCCAUAGACAGAAUUCCGUCACUUCACCUAAGUGACGAGCAACCUUCUCCUGCAGACAUAUCCUUAAUACCAUUAGAGCAAUACUUGCCGUCAACAACCGAUGAAGCUGCUCUGCAACAAGAAAUGAGUCAGCUCAUAGAAAGAGUGCUUUGCACUAACAUGCCAUUCUUGCAUGACCUACAGAGUGAAGUGGCCGGGCACAUCCAGCACGAGUUCCAACAGGAGUCAUCUGCUAAGAGUCAAAUCUUACCAUUGGGUGUCCUCGAUAAGGAUGAGAGCAAAGUGGCCGAGAUGGUGGAGAUAAUGGCCGAGUACCACCGCUACGUGCCACUAAAGCCAAACGGGGAUCCCUUCACUCUUCCUCUCUAUGCCGAUGGGCUCAGCUGCGAACGUGGCAACGAUGCACAAAAUGCCAGGGUCAAUGGUAACUCACCUUGGGAGCAGCUGCAAGGCCUGACCAUGGGUAUACAGGAAUGGCACAAGCGCUGCCUUCUGCUGCAGGAUAUCUUCGAUGAGCUAUACUCUGCCUCUAGUGGAAGAGAGAAGGGUACCCUUGUUCAUUUGAAGCAAGUAUUUAAUCACCGCAACGUGUCAAGUGACUGCAAGCAGAAGUUCAACCACAACGAAGAGUUUCUAGAAUUCUGUUGCGACGGAUACAUCGUCCUGGCUGCAUUACAUUGCAUGAAGACAAAAACUGUUCAACAAACACCCGAGAAUUUUCCAAACAGCAGACAAGAACAGAUUGCAUUCAUUAAAACAAUAGCUAAACAGAUACUCAACAUACUGUACACAUCCUGCCAGGAAACCGUCACCAACAUAUUGAACGCCAGUGGAACAGGCCCAACGGAAUACUUAUACUGCGUCUGCAAACAAGACUUCCCCGGAUCCGCCAUGAUUUUCUGCGAAAACAGAAACUGCAGGAGGGGAACGUGGUUUCAUCUUGAAUGCAUCGGAAUGAAGGAAGAUGACGUGCCAGACGGCAAAUGGUACUGCUGUAUAUCCUGCCAUACCUCCGCAGAAUCACCAACGUUGGACUAUCAAGGGCCUGUCGACGUCAAGAGACUGUAUACUUCAAGGUUGAUGUGGAGAGGUUUGAACCAAAAAGUUCGCAGGGAUGCCAUUCGCGAAAAUGAUGGCCAUAGGAUCAUCCUGCAUUGGAAAUUCGAUAUGCUCGAAUUUUUCAAUAACCAUCACCCCAAAUACUUUCUGUUUGGGCACAAGCUGCUUUCUGCAGUCCAUGGUGCUGUCUCGGAGCGGCUACAACACACGCUGACAUGGAACAGGACAGUGAACGUCAACGGAGGCAAGGGCAAAAAUAUUGCAAUGGACCUGCACAUGGAAUUCUUGAACAAGGAGUAUAAAGAAAGUGUCAAAGGUGCUGCUGGGCAUUUAACUGCCGACACAGUCGCACGCCACAGCCAGAUGGUCGGUGUGGGAAAGAUCCUCGUUUCGGUUUUUGAGAAGGAGGUAUCUCAAUUAUCACGAGCAUCGGUGCACACAAAGACAGUGACAGACAGGCAGAAGGACAUUGAGGAAUUUGUUUCCAUAUUGAUAGGGGAAGACUUGUUCACCUGCAAGGCCGGUCGAAAACACAAGUCCUUCCAAAACAUGCCAUCACAAACACUCAGCAACAUUAGGGUAGAUGCGUUUAAAUCACGAUUGCUGAGGCAGGAAGUUCAGUAAUGUGGUUUUUGAUAAACAUUUACAAGUGCAAGUUUUCUGACAAACAAUACAACAUGAACAUUUCGCACAAAAACACGUAUCAUUGCAAUCGCCGUUACAGGUUCGUAAAUUUUUUAGUAUAUCUAUUUGUGCAACAUUAAUGCCAUCUAACAUGAACGAUUCCAGGACUGUGACGCGUAUACAAGAAUUUAAGUUAUUAGCAAUCUUUAUAAAAUUUUGGUCAUGAACGUUAGCGAAACUUCUUUUAAAUGCAUAGCAGAUAGCAUAGCCUCUGUGUCCGUCUCUAGCACAUCUCCCAAUCUCCUGCCAAUAAGCCAGAGCUGUCUCAGGUAACCCCCAAUGAACUAUA